GCAAGUCACUACAAGACUGUUGUGGAAAGUACAUCAACAGUAGGUCUUGAUUGUGUUGGCACCAAAGGGAGGCAAGCGCUGUCACCGAAGCAUAGAAUAGUUAGAUAGUGUUCAAUGGUGUGUGUUCAACUGUAGCGGUGUUGUGGCGUGCGCGUUCGACGUGCUUCCUGUUUGAAACUCAGAGAACGGCAUUGUCAGUGACGGGAGGCCGUUUGUUAUCGAUCGAGAUUAAUCAUGAGAAUUGGCGAUACAUAGAGGAUAAGCUAACAUCAAAAAGGCGACUUGGGCGCCUGGUCGUAGUUGUGAUGCGUUGUAGUUUAACAGCACACUCAACAUGAAAGGACAGGGAUAUUUUCACGGACUUGUAUGUGUGUUUCUGUUAAUUGUGCCAGUGAUUGGUGAUGGGUUUAUCUAUGAGGAUAAUACCAGUGAGGACUUGGGACAUGUUAGAAAUUCAAACGGAACAAUAUUAUGGGGUUCUCUACCGAAAGGAUUGUACCAUGGAAUAACAAGGGAUGCUCCCACAAAAGGAUGGGAGGUGACGAUAUCUUUCGCCCGUGCAGUCAUCAACAGCAUUCAGACAGAGCCGUUCCCCGCAGAAACGAUGCAGCGUCUCUUGAAAGGGGAAGAUAUAGGUACAGAUAAAGAACGCUAUGUUGUAAAUGUAGCAAUAGCCUGCUUCACCGGCAGUCUCCUCAUCGUGUUCUUCCUCAUCUGCAUGGUGGUGUUUCUACGACAUGAAUACCGACGGAGGAAAAAAGACAUAUACCUCGUGAAAAAGCCCUACAUGAGAGACAAGCCAUUCACCUUCUUUGUCGUCAGUAGCUACAUCGGUGCCACGCUUAGCUUAAUCUAUGUUAUCUGCAUCACCGUCGUGAGCACUAACCUCCACUAUGGCAUCAAUGUCAUAGACGAGACAGUGGGGGGUGCUAUGGACGAUGUCACCACUUACUUCAAAACAACGAAACAACAAUAUACAUUUGUGGCAGCCAGUACAAAUGACUGGUUCAAUAAGAAAGUGAUAGGAGGCGAUAUGAACAAAAUAGGAGAGCUCAUUUGGCAACCAGGUCGAGACAUGUUCUACCCCAGUGUAUCCGCAGUGUUUGAAAGUUUAGCAGACCUAGAUGAACGUACGCAGAAGGCUGCCCAUCACCUGACCUCCAUCUUCACCCAGUUAAACAGUAUUACAGAUGGCGAGGGAGGGCAGCUGGAAAACAACUUGAAAAAUCUUCUAUUCAAAAUUAACAGUGCUCGGCAGGACUCCUCCUGUACAGGUUGUGACGGGACCUGCAGUGGCUGCAAGAACAUAGUUCCACAAGAUAUUUCCUAUCAGAUUGAUUUCCGCAAGCUUCCAAACAUCAGCACCAAUGUCCAGCAGCUCAGCCAUCUUGCCCUCCACCCCAUCAACAGCACUAUGCAACAUCCGGAGUAUUACUAUGACAAAGGCAUUGCUGCUGUCUUGACGACAAGAGUUGCUGAUGCUGUGUCAGAGUUGAAUGACACAAUAACAAGGUACAGUGCAACGGUGGCCAAUUCUAUAUCUGGACUCAAGUUCCCGUCUCAGCAGGACUUUUACUUCCCAAAAUUUCGAGAAUCCUUCCAAAGUUUUGACAAGCGGUUGGUUGUCAGUGACACAGUCAGGUAUGGGUUUACCUGGGUGUUCGUGUUCGUCAACUUUGUCGGGUGUUUUAUUCUGUACCUGGCACUGACCAUCACGGUCAAGGGGAAGAGGGAGGCGCGACGAGGGGGACAGCCCAACUACUACCCCGCCUACAUCCUCUACGUCGCGGUUUCAUUUGGCUGUAUUGGACUGUCACUCAUCUUCAUGGCGCUCUGCAUGAUGACCUUCUAUGCAGGGGUCAAUCUGGAGAAGGUCGUGUGUGAGCCGGCAAAGAAACUACAAUACAUGACGGAGGUGCUGGACAUCCCGGACGUGGUGAAGAAUCAUCCUGGGUAUUACCUGUCAUCUAUCAUCCUGGGCAACGGGAGUAUCACAAUGAAGUCUGCAGAUAUGUACAGAUCUUGCCUGAAGAACGAAGGAUCGCACCAGCUUUAUUCACAUCACCUUGUGCCAACAAUCUUCCAGGACCUGGACUAUACACAGGCCUUCCAGACCGUGGACAGUAGUUUCGACAAGAUGUAUGUAGAUCUUAGUGGUGUUUCCAUGGUCACCUCAGAGUUUGAGGCCUGGAUUUCAAACUUCAACACAGCAGCUAUGUUCGACCUCGUCACCUACUAUGAUAUGCUCAAGUCAGGUGUGAUCAAAGCCGACGUGAAUGACUACAUCAACAACAUCCGGACGAUACUGAACUCGGGAGGACCUACAUUCCCUGCACCUGCACAGGGUUAUUUGCAGGAAGUGGCAGACAGCCUGCAGGAUCUGGCAGGCAGUAUCCAGACUGUCACUGUUCUCAAAAAUAAUGUCUUGGCUGAAUUCGAACUCUACCAAUCAGAAGUCAAGCAUAUCAAGAAUGUCACAGAGUCAGCUGUGAAGAAGCUUAGAAGCCUCGACCCGAGUCUACAAACUAGAUCUUCAGUGCUGGUCAGAAAGGGUGUGGAUGAGUACCGCCAGGCAUUCAAGGCCACCUACGCCGACUACAAGAACCGCAGUGAGCACUGGAUCCGUGAACUGGGGAACUGUCGACCUGUUGCCGACGCCUACGAUGCUUUAGUGUACGGCUUCUGCGAUAUGUUGUCAGACUUUGAGAAUGCUGAUUGGAUGCUGGUGGGAAAUAACUCGGUGACCUUGAUGUGUCUUCUGGUGUUUGUGUCAGUCGUGAUGUACUAUCUCCCCGAUGAAGACGGCGAUGACACCACAGAUGAAUUUGACAGCAUAUUUGGAAAUGGGCCACCAAAAGGUCUGAUCAACAAAGCUAUCUACAAGGUCAAGUCUGUGUUCAUCAAGCGACGUCCGAGCAAGAAUGGAACGGUCAAGCCGGGCAGCUCUGUUGACAGUAAUGGAUCCAACGCUGCCGCCCUGCUGCUCAAGAAUGGGGAUAACCUGGAGAUGAAGAACAUGCCUAAUGGUAGCAUUAUCACCUCCAAGACAGAGAAGAACCCAAGUCCCGUGUCAGAGACAGCAGUUGUCUCCCCUAGAACCGUGGGCACAGACAGCACUGUGUCACUAGAGGGCUCUGUGUCCACACCAAGCCUUGACACAGACACCAAGUCGGGGACUAGUAAAAAUAGUGCAAGUACAAACAAAAGUAGGGGAGUGGUUAACCAAGGAGGCGACCAUCACACUGGGGGUGCAUCACGCCCAGGGAGUGUAGUGAUAUCAGAGGUUCAUCCUCGCCCAAAGGGUGUUGACCUUUCACCCAAUGUAGUUCCAGGAAGUGUGGUAAAUUCUCGACCGAGCAGUUCUGGAAAUACUCCAAGUUCAGCAUCUGCGCAGGUCCUUGUUACGGACAUAGAUGUGUAAGACCGUCAGCCAUUAAUGUUGCGUGCCAUCUGUGAUUUUUAGCUCACCUGACCAUGAGAUAUAAAAGUCUGAACGUAAUGCUGGCAUGUUUCAGUCAUCUUCUCAGAACAGAAUCAAGACAGUGAGGAAACCAAAAUGACACCGAUUGUUUUUAAUCUAUUGCUUUAGAUUUACUGCUGAUUGUAAAUGGACAAGCUUGGAGCUUACCUGGUCAUGCACAUUUUUUCAGUAGGUAGAUAUUUAGAAUAUGAUCACAUCAAUGUCACAUGCAGGGGAGUAACAGUAUUGAUUAGUAUUAUACUCCGGAUGGUAUUUACUUUUUUAUCGAUCCUACUCAACAAUAUUACGAUACCAAUUGUUCUAUACCCAGCAAGUUGAAGACAUUGAUUAAUGAAUGUAACUACUGGAGUAUGGUAUAAUCUGCCUUUCCAUCAGUAAUGAAUACUGCAUUAUUUAUGACUUAAUUUCAAUUAUCAGAAAUAUUAUGUAUGUCUGAUAAAAGUCAGAUAUGAUUAGCCAAAAUAAAGCAAAAAAAAUGAUACUCCCAUUGUCUGUAAGCGCUAAAUAUGUUUGUGAUAAUCCCCGAAACCAAGUCCAAUUUUAUUGUCAUGUCUGACUCUAUGUUAAAUUUGUAAACAAUAUCUAAUGUUCAACCAAGAAACAACUGUCCAUUAUGCUUCAAGACCCGUCCCAUGAACAAAUAGAGAUUUCAGUUUGUCCUCCCAGAUUUUUUCUUUCCCCCCUUCCUCUUCAAGCAUGAACGUGAUUUCUUUGAUUCAUUGCAUGUGAGAAUUAGCAUAGACAAAUGUCAUGUGACAUCUUGCCAUAAGUAGAAGACAGUGACUGAAGAAAUGCUUAAAUCAAAAUAACAUGACAUCGAUUUUCAUAAUCAGCAUAUAGCUUCUUGGUUGAUUCAGCACAUUAUUAAUCAACAGGGUGUUAAUCUUUUUAAUAAUCCUUUCAACAAUAUUCUCACAUUUAGAACAACUAGUUUGAGUACACUAGUGCAGUGUUUAAUUUAUUAGCCUUCUACAAGCGUAUUAUAAACAGCUUGUGCUUGAAAAUUAUUUUACAUAAUAAUCAGCAUGCUAUUGUUUAGUUUAUUUGUAACAUAUCAUACAUUGAACCUUAUGUACUAGACUGUAGUCUUGUAUCAGUGUUUCUUCAAUUUUCUAUCUUUUUCUAAUCUACACUAAAGUAGGCCUUUCAUUGAUCUGUGUGUUGUAGCUGAGAGAAAAUUUUCAGUCUCUUUAGCACUGGUUAUUUAAA